AUGACGUCACCAUCAUUGGCUACAUUUCACUCCACUUUACUGAAACCACUACUGAGACUCACAGGCAGUCAGACCUCAACCAACAUGUGGCUUUAUAUCAUAUUUUCCAUUUGUUUGGGAGUUGUGUAUAAUGUGGAUGCAAAUGCUGUUAAGUCAGUAUCAGUGACUGAAGGAGAUUCUGUCUCUUUAAACAAUGAUGGUACUGAACUACAGAGAGAGGAUCAGAUUCUGUGGAUGUCUGGACCUCGAGACACUCGUAUAGCUGAAAUCUAUAAGCAGAGGAUUUCUGUUUAUGAUAAAAAAGAAAAAUUCAGAGAUAGAAUAAGCGUGGAUAGUCGAACUGGAUCUCUGAGCAUAAAAAACAUCAGAACUGAACACUCUGGACUUUAUAAACUACAGAUCUUCAGUCACAGAGGAACUUCAUAUAAGAGAUUCAAUGUUACUGUGUAUGCACAUUUGCCCAUUCCGGUCAUCACCAGUACUUCAAAUUGUUCUUUUUCUUUAUCAUCAUCAUCAUCAUCAUCAUCAUCAUCAUCAUCAUCAUCUUCAGGAUCAUCAGUGUCUAAUUGUUCACUGCUGUGUUCAGUUGUGAAUGUGAGAGAUGUGACUCUCUCCUGGUACAAAGGAAACAGUUUAUUGUCCAGCAUCAGUGUGUCUGAUCUCAGCAUCAGUCUCUCUCUACCUCUGGAGGUGGAAUAUCAGGAGAACAACAUCUACAGCUGUGUGAUCAACAAUCCCAUCACAAACCAGACUCAACACAACAUCAACAUCACUCAACUCUGUCACACGUCUCCUCCCUCAGACCCUGUCCAGUGUUGUGGUUUCACUGAAGCCAUCAUCCGAUUGGUUGUCUCUGCUGUGGUGGGCGUGGCAGCUUUUGCUGUAGUGGUUUAUGACAUUAGAUCCUGAGCUAAACAGAAGAGGAGAGCACAAAUGAGGACUCUAACAAACUGUGUUUCUGAAAAAGGAAAAAGGCUUUAAUGUCAGGUUUAUGUUGAUGAAUAUUAUAAGAAAAGUAUCAGAAAACAUUACAAAAGAAAAUGUGUCUGGCAGAUAGUAGAAAGAUUUAACCACAA